AUGGCUCCAGACGGAGUAACAACUGAGCUGGUCUCGGCUAUUUCGUCGGCUCCGCUGAGCUAUUUGAUACCUCGACAAGAUGCUGUUCCUCUUGCAGCCCCAGCCAGAGUCUCGAUCCCGCCAUUUGAAGUACCCGGAUAUGGCAGAAACGAAGCUUUAAAGUUGAUGGAAGAUGCCACAUUUAUGGAAGAAGUGUUGUCGUUUGUUAAUUCGAACAUCCCGGAGCUGCAAAGCCUUCAAUUCAAAAAACCUGCAUUCAGCAUCACACAUGCAUAUCCAUCUGCACCUUCAAAUGCUUCAAUACCACCGCAACUCGAGGAAUUCAGACACAAACUCGAAGAAAAAGUUGGUAGAAUUCUGCGAGGUCAACACAUCAAACCUGAUUUCAAGGUAAAACGAGUGGCAUUGGCCAGCGCCGCAGAGGUGGAUGCCGGAAGAGAAACCGAGAGCGCGGUCUCUUCCAUACCCGAGUCGCCUAUCAAGCGUCCCAUUGACGAGCUUCAGAAAGAGCACAAGAGACGAAAAAUAGAGUACCAAGGAUCCAAAGAAGCAGAGCCAAAAGAUGCUUUCAAGUCUACUGAAGGGAAUCAGAAGGCUAAGAUAGAGCUGGUGAAUCUGCUUCAACGGAUAGGUCUUACUGAUAAUGAGGUUGAUUUUGGCGACAGAACUUGUUGGAAGCCUUUGGUUGAAGACGAUGAUUGCGAGUCCUCUGAAACUUGCUAUAUGCUUUCUAACCAGGCUAUGACAUUGAUCCAGUCAUGCUUGCUCCGAUUACGAAACUCUCGCCAGAUGCUCGAACUUGAGACUCAAUAUCUGCUUCGGAUUCAAAAAUGCAUCCGUUUGACUCUGGAACCCAUGACAGAGAAAACAUGGACCCACAUGAACAAAAAUAAUACUUUGGUGUUUCUAGCCAAGCAUGUUUGUGCCGCCUGUCUGACAUACUUCUCUUUACUGAAGUCUGGUAGCUCCGAGAAACAGCUCAAUCUGAGCCCUCUCAUGGAGACAAUUGUCGAUACUAUAUAUUCCAUAGUUGACGAUGGAGUUCGACCAUUUUAUGCUACUGAAACUGAAACUUCUGCCCCAUUGGAGCUGGUGUUGAGCAUAUGUUCUGUCAUCAACGAACUCUCAGAUUACAUCAGAGAAAAUACUAUGGAUGAGAGUAUUAUAACACGACUGGAAUACCUCACGAUAAAGGUGCUAUUUUUCAAUGUCCCAAACAAAAGAGUUUCUUCUGGCUGGGACAUUGCCAAACUAAGACUUAGCUUUAGCGAGUUACUUUCUGCCAUAUUCUCUUCAGCUGAAAGCCAAAGAUCUUACAUCAUUGAAGAGUUAUGUCUCAAUUUUGAUAAAACUCCUUCCACCAGUUCAGCAGCAAGGUCCUUCAAAACAUCUCGAGGGUUAUGCGUGAGCGUUUUUACGAUGCUGACGGUCAAUCUUGUGACGGAGUCGUUUUCUCCCCAGACCUUCGAUUUCAACGAGGACUUCUGGUCAAUUUUCCAUUCCCAAGAUGCAAAUAUUGACAAUUCCAAGAAGCAAGCUCUACAAUCGACGUUGGAUCGUUUUGAACUGUUUAUUGACGAACAGACGACAAAACGGGACGAAACAGUGUCGAAUCUCACCAGCUCGUUACUAUCCAAGAUCGUGACCGAUUCCGAAAUAACCACCCGCAAAAUAUUCGAAAUUUUCGUGGAGGAUCUUCUGGCGAUGAUGGAAUUCCCCGAAUGGCCUGCUGCUGAGACGAUUUUAUUUUUUCUCACGAAAGGCUUGGUGUAUAUGGCAACAUCAGAAGAGCACAAUGCCGUGAUAGAGGCCUUUGCUCUGGAGAUGAUCGGGCUUAUUGGGUGUAAGAUCGUCGAAUUAAAGAAAUUGGGAUUGAAAGCAAUGACUUUGGAAGGGUUCCAAACUGUUACUGGAAGCUACUUUCAAUCUCUAUUUUUUUUGCAGGAUCAUUCACCAAGAGCUUAUCAGUAUCUGAGCUUGAAUAUGCUUUCGCUGGUUCGAAUGGCACAGACUAAUAGGUCAGAGGUUUCCCCGGACCAAAUAUCCAGCAUUUAUGAAAUUUACCUCAAUUCUAGGAGCGAGAAAUGUCUUAGAAUCGACCAAUUGGAAGUCAUUGAUUUAAAAGAAGAGGAUCCUCAUCAGAAUGUCAUGGCUGCAGGUCAACUGGUCACUCUAUACGAGAAGUUUCUGUCUCUUAUGUUGUCCUCGCUUAACCACCCCCGAAUAAAAGCAAGAACAAGGGCUAUAAAAAACCUUGCGCUACUCACGAAUAUUCAGCCCGCAAUUAUUUUACUUCCCGGUGUGAAAGAAGCUGUUGAGCUUAGAAUCAAGGACGAGUCUUCGUUGGUUAGAGACGCAGUGGUGGACUUCAUGUCUUCGUAUUGCAAGGCCAACUCCGGGACUUCUUUGAGUUUUACGCCCUUAUUGUGUCAACUCAUGUCGGAUGAUUCAGUGGCUGUAAGGAAAAGAGUUAUAAAGACAUGUAAUGAACUCUACAUGCUCACUGAUCAGACUAUUCUCAAGACCAUGAUAUCGCAGCAUUUUCUUCUGAGAAAGGACGACGAAGAAACUUCUAUCAGAAAACUGGCCGUCGAAAUCUUGCUAGAGCACUGGGUGAAUCCCUUGGUGAAAUGCGAAGAAGAAGGCAAUGAUCCGACGUUGAUAGCAUCAGAUAUCAUGAAGGUGAUCCUCCCAGUAUUGGACCAAAGCGACGAAGCUUAUGCCCUGGUACAUCGGUUUUUUGUUGAGGAUAUUCUCCACAAGGGUGAAAAGCCUCAGAAAUAUUACGAUUCAAUAUUGAACAUGUGCAACCAUCUUAUAGGCACGGCUUCGAAUUGGGUUUCCUUCGAAGUUCCCUCCGAAGAGCCCAGUCCCGAGACCAAACGAUCGAUGCUGUUUCUGAGCAUGAUCGCUAGUUGUGAUGGAAUGUUAAUAUCUCAGGAUCUGCUAGUAUCACUGCAAUGUUUUCUGGAAGCUUCAGGGUGCAUGUUUUCCUAUUCCUUGGAUAUCUUCAGAGACGUAUUGGUGGUGAACAGAAACCUGAAGCCAGACUUCGCCAGGACUUGUGAGUCGGUCUUAUUGCAAAGACUAACCAAACUCGAUAAUAGGGAGCUGGCUGAGACUGUUAGAUGUAUUUGGCUUUUCUCAAACAUUACAGGUGAUUCCAGAAGAAUUGCUUCUGCUGCCAUUUCAUGCAUUAGGCUGAUCAAGCCGUUUGCUGAUUCUGCCAUGUCCGGCUUGAGUGUGAUCUACGACGGAAAACUAAUGAGGCUUUUAUCGUUAAUAGGUCAUUUUGGAUCAUUCUGUCAGUUUGACCAGCCUGGAACAAAAGACAUCUUUAUUUCAGCAAAGUUGGGCCUAAAGACUAACGAUACCGUUCGAAGCCUUCUGGUGAGAAUUCUGCUGUGUUUCUCUGGCCCAAAGGUUGACCGUUCCGUGCGGUCUCGGGCCAUUGAAAAUUUGUUGAACAUCUGCACAUCUGAUCCUAUUCUCUUCAAAACUAUGGCAAUCAAAAACAUUCUUUCUGUGUCUCUGAACGAGAGCUCUGAACUGGAGAGGCCUACCAAGAAGGUCAUCAUCAAUGCCUUCACGAGACUUCUACAGCAUGCGGAAAAAGAGACUCUAAAGCGAGUGGGAUUGAACAUCAAUGUUUCCGGAAGCUCCAAGAUCGAUAUAACUGCAUUUCACGGCGAGUCCAACAAUUUCUUGGUGGAUGCCAUCUGUACGUCUUUGGUGCAAGAUCAUCUGCAGCCAAUCUUAGGAGCAUGUCUCCAAGAUGAAACAGACUACGCAUUUACAGCUACAAAACUACUCAGUCUGAUUAUCCGCCUUGGACUUGCCAAUCCAAGAAUUUGCAUAGCGACAGUUAUUGCGCUCGAGUCUUCCAGCAAUGCUGGAACCAGAGAGAUAGCAUUGGCGAUACACCAAGAGCUUUACGAGAAACACGAGUCUUUGAUAGAGACCAGUUACACAGAAGGAUUCAGGCUUGCUGUGAGUUAUCGAAAAAGAGUCUCGAGUCGUUUUUAUGUGGAGUUUACGUUUCUCCACUCGUUUUUUGGAGUCUUCAAAAACAACGUCACCAGCAGACGAAAAGCACUUUCCACGUUGGGCCGCUCUUUCUGCUUCAACGAAGUCAGAUUUUCAACUCAAAAUGCUGCUCUAGAGUAUCUGGAUUAUAUUUCGUAUAUUUCCAGAUGUUUUAAUGCCAUAACUUGCAACACACUCGAGGAAGCUUAUACAGUGGUGAAGGCAAUAACCGUCGCAGUAUGCUCCCCAGGAUAUGAUAUUCUUUCAAAGCUUGAAACAUCACCCACCACAAAAUCCUAUUUGUUCGUCUUGAGAGCGUAUUUGGUGCUUUUAAGGCUUAACCACUCUUUUAUGGUUCGAUAUGGUCUGAAUCUCGACACAAUUGGGGAUUUUUCAGCAGCCAAAGGAGAUAGAAGUCUACGAGUACCUCCUAAAGCUCGUAAUUUACACACAAAUAUUGAUCUACACGAUCUAGACAUCGAAUGCUUGAAAAUUGAUAACGACAAAACCAACAUGGAGCUACAGACCAAGCUUAGUUUCCUACUAUCAUCGACAAGAGAAGGUGAUCUUUAUGAUUGA